AUAAAAGGAAGAAUACAGAAAUAAGAAGAAGAUCUCUUACCACCAUUAUUUGAUCAUUUUGUUUGGUGUGUCUCAACAAAACACUUCAUAGAUGACAAUCCUUUUCAUCGAGAACACAAAACUGAAAUAUGCUUUCCAUUGCUCUAAAUAGAAAUCAUCUUCGCUGAGAGACACUUUGGUGAGGCAUGCCUCAUUUUCUCUUCUACUCAUCUGAAGGUCAUGAUUUGCUUCUUCACCAAUUCAAAGAUCAAUUACAACUUACAAGCCUCACCAUAUUUCUAUGUGGUUCUUGCAACUAAAUGCCUAUAUGCAUGUUUACUGAAAACUGCAGCAAAAGACACGCAUUGAAAGAGUCACUGGAUUUGUCUUAGCCAUUUGGGGAAUAAUUUUUUACUCUCGGCUUCUAAGCACAAUGACAGAACAAUUUCGGGUACCGUCACAGCUACAACAGUUAUCAGGAGGCAGAGACUUCUGCUUAUAUUAUACCCCAAGGAAGCAGAUGGACAAGCUAGCUGAGGCGUAUUCCAGAGAUUUUAAUCAUAUUGACAUCCUUACAAAGAGAUUCCGCAAAGGACCCUCAGAAUCUAUACUUUCACUUGGUUGGCGUGGAGACGUUGUGCAAAUGAUCGAGGAGUUUGAUAACUAUCUUGGUCCAGAAACAUUAUCGGAUGUACCGUUAGAGGACAGAAGAAGAGUGGGUGAUAGUAUGAGUUCAGUGAAAAUCAAGAACAUCCAAGUUUCGCAUAAGGUUGGGAAUCCUCUGAAUUAUGAUACAUUAAAGCAAACUAUAAUGCGUAUGAAAUGUAAAUAUAGAAAAAGCAAAAAUAUUCCUUUGACCAUCCUUGUCAUAUCGGAUCGAGACUGGCUUCUUGGAGAUCCAUCUAGAGCAGACAAACAAUCCGCUUACUCUCUUCUACUCGCUGAAAGCAUCUGCAACAAGCUUGGAGUAAAGAUAACAGGACUCAAGCCGUCCUUAACUUUCAUAGCAGCAGAGGAAGUUAUGGGCCUUGUAACAGCACAAGUUGCUGAAAAUAGCGAACUGAACGAGGUAUGGAAGGACAUUCUAGAUGCAGAUGGUGACGAGAUAUACGUAAAGGACAUUGAACUGUACAUGAAAGAGGGCGAGAAUCCUUCAUUCACUGAGCUCUCAGAGCGAGCUUGGCUAAGGAGAGAAGUCGCCAUAGGCUACAUAAAAGGCGGUAAAAAGAUAAUCAAUCCGGUUCCAAAGACAGAACCUCUCACCCUUGAAAUGGAUGACUCAUUGAUUGUUAUUUCAGAGCUUGAAGGAGACCAACCCAUCACACUAUGAAAAUAUAUACAAUCUCAUAUA